UUUGGUUUCCCACUUCUGCACCAUGAAAAUCCUGCUCUGUGACCUCCUGCUGCUCAGCCUCUUCUCCACCGUGUCCAGCAGCUGUCAAAGGGACUGUCUGAUUUGCAGAGAAAACCUCCAGCCAGCCCUGGACAGCUUCAACCUGGAGGUGUGCAUCCGUCAGUGUGAAAGCAAGGUCUUCGCCAGCCCCUUUGGGACUCCAUGCACCAAGAUCAUGGCCCAGGACCCCUGGCAGGUCAGCCCUGCUGACCCAGAACAUGCAGUGGCCUCAGUGGACCAGCCCAAAGCCUCUGAGAUGCAGCAGCUGAAGCGCAUGCCCCGGGUCCGGAGCCUGAUUCAGGUGCAGGAACCUGGAGUGGAUGGUGCAGAAGAGACCGAAGAGACCGGACAGAAGCAGCUGCAGAAAAGGUUUGGGGGCUUCACUGGAGCCCGGAAGUCGGCUCGGAAGUUGGCUAACCAGAAGCGGUUCAGCGAGUUUAUGAGGCAGUACCUGGUCCUGAGCAUGCAGUCCAGCCAGCGCCGGCGCACCCUGCGCCAGAAUGGCCGCCUGUAGCCAGGAGGGGAGCCUCUGCCCGCACCUCAUCCACUGCAACCCAUGAGUGUCCAGGUGAUCUCCCAAACAGCAUGUCUCCUGCCCCAGACCUGCCAGCGGCCCAGAAUCCUGAUUCCUCCUCCAACAGGAACAGAAGCAUUUGCCUCCAGGUCUUCACCUCCAGGGAACAGACCCUUACCCACCCGCCUGGCUGUCCCCCACCCCUCCAUGGCAUGUUUCACUAUGACCCUAUUGCUACAUCAGAGUGUAUUUUUGUAACUCCUCCUGCUGACAGUGAACUGGCCUGUCAUCCCUUCUGGCCCACCUCUACUCCCUUUUAGGGGAGGGUGGGUUCAUGGAAAGGACCCGCCAGGGGGUUGACCUUGUCACUGCCAUACUUGUUUGUAAGCUGUUCUUUUUGAUUGAUUGUUUUAAAAAAAAUAUUUCUCCAUUAAACUUCUAAUGAGCAAAUAAAUAGUUUAUAAAUUGGUUGGCUAGUUUUUUCAAGAGACUGAAAAUGGGACUCCAAAUACCACAGCCAUCUUAUUCUUUCUCUUUCUCCCUCUCCCUCUCUCACUUGUCUUUCUGUAUCUCUGU